UAUAAAAUCUCUCAGCAGAAUUGCAUUUCAAUCUUUCUUUUCUUUUGCCUUUUUUCCUCUUCUCUCUCAAGAAAUCAUUUUUUUUUUAUUUGUUUUAAGAAUAAAAGAAAGACCCCAAAAAUGAUUAGCCAUUGACGUUUAAGCUCGUCCUGUGUCAUUAUCUGUAAUAAUCUCCCGUUGUCUUCCUUUAACGUCACAAGCCCACAAUAAUCCAAAUUAUCGGGCGAAGAGGAUCACACACAAGAAAGAUCUCUCUCUAUCUCUCACUCUCACACCCUUUUCAUUAUUUGAGUAUUGCACAUACAUAUAUGUGUAUUUUUAUUUUUUAUUUUUGUUCGCUUUCAUUGAUGAUAUGCCUUUGAAUUGUUCAAGUAUGGCUAUAAAAGUCCCACAUAGGCUGGGGUUGGGUCCAUGGAGAAGGAAUCACAGAAACGAGUUGGUGCCCAACCACAGCCAUUUGACAAGCUUAUUCCUUUCUUCUUUUCCUUGCAAGAAAACCCUCAUUGGGUGUUCGUCUAAGUUCAAUCAAACUUCUUGUUUUUCGGUAAUGGAGCAGGAGGAGAAGAGCCGGGUCAGCCCUGAAUCCUUAUUGGAUGCAGAAGAGCAGUCUCCUCGUGACGAAAAGGAAUUGGAAUUGGCUGUUAGAGCUGUUCAAAUGGCUUGUUCUCUUUGCCAGAGAGUUCAGGAUAGUAUAAUCUCAAAGACAAGCAAUGAAAUCCAAUCCAAAGAUGACAAUUCUCCUGUCACUGUUGCAGAUUGGAGUGUCCAAGCAACAGUGAGCUGGGUACUCUCUGAGGCCUUUGGAAGCAGAAAUGUGUCCAUUGUUGCUGAAGAAGAUGUUCAAAGUCUCUCCAAGGCUAGUGCUGCUGGGCUAUUAGAAGCUGUAGUGACAACUGUGAACAAGUCUCUAGCUGAUUGUCCUCGUUUUGGACUUAAAGGUCCUAACAUGCCCCUUGGGUCUUCUGAGGUUCUUGAAGCAAUUAGUCGAUGCAACUCAAAUGGAGGACCUAGGGGAAGAUUUUGGGCUCUUGAUCCUGUUGAUGGAACAUUGGGAUUCGUUCGAGGGGAUCAAUAUGCUAUAGCUUUAGCGCUCAUUGAAGAUGGGGAAGUUGUACUUGGCGUUCUUGGGUGUCCUAACUACCCCAUGAGAAAAGAAUGGCUUGCGUAUCAUCACCGCUAUCAUAGAAUUGUGUCAAAGUUGACGCCAACAACUUCAGAAUCAUGGGAUAAAGGUUGUGUUCUUUAUGCUAGGAAAGGAAGUGGCAAGGCCUGGAUGCAACCUCUCGUCCAUGUUAAUAAAAAGUUAGUUUGGCCAAACUCUGCGAGGCCAGUACGAGUUUCCCCCAUUGACAAUCCAUCAAUGGCAACCUUCUGUGAACCAGUUGAAAAAGCAAAUUCAAGCCAUUCAUUCACAGCUGGACUAGCUCACAGUGUGGGGCUAAGGAAGCAGCCUUUACGAGUAUACAGCAUGGUGAAAUACGCAGCCAUAGCUCGGGGAGAUGCUGAGAUUUUCAUGAAAUUUGCUAGAGCUGGCUACAAGGAAAAGAUAUGGGAUCAUGCAGCUGGUGUUCUUAUAAUACAAGAAGCCGGUGGAACGGUAACAGAUGCUGGAGGUCAGCUGCUGGAUUUUUCAAAAGGCACGUACCUUGAAGGUCUUGAUCGAGGUAUAAUUGCUAGUGCAGGAGCCACUCUACAUGACAAGAUCAUCAAGGCUGUGGAUGCUAGCUGGGAUUCCUCUAGUCUGUAAAAUGUUCUUAUGGUAAACAUCAAUGAUAACACAAAGCCAUGAAAGCGUUAAACAAGGCAAGGGAAUUAUAAAUCAGCCAUUUAUCAUUUUUUUCCCGUUCUGGAUUAAUUGGGAAUUAUCAAUAUAUAUCACCCUUCCAGGGAUGCAUGUAAAAACAAACAAAGAAUAAUGUUUGCUUUGAAGAAAGGGGGCUUUAUGCUUGCAGUUUUGGCAAACUGUUACCUCCUCACCCCACCUGGAAACCAAUUAGCUUUGAGUUGAAAAAGCUGAUGAACUUUGUAUAAUUACAUAAUAUAAGAGUCUUGAUAUGUUUUAGGACUCGUUUUCUGUACAAAAAAUAAA